AUGCAAUUGAAACCAGGGAGGGAUCUUCUAAGGAAGCAUCAUCUAACAAUCAACGGAUCAGAUGACUGUCAGACAAAGAUCACCAAGAACAUAUGGAGAAGAAGUUAUGUUUCAGAUGUCACAAACCCGGACACCAAAGUUGAUAAGGAUGAAAUCAAGGACUCCUUUGACGAGGAAGGGAUAGCCAAAGAAUAUAUUCAAGCUAUUUCCUCUGAGAAGGAUUUUUGA